AUGCGUGGGCAGUUUUCUGUGAAAUCAGAUGUUUUCAGCUUUGGUGUAUUGGUUUUGGAGAUUGUGAGUGGCAAGAAGAAUACUGAUUUUUAUCAAUCGAAUCACGCUGAUGACCUCUUAAGCUUUGCUUGGAAGAAAUGGACAGAGCAAACAGUUAUGGAAUUUCUGGAUCCAACUCUGAGAAGUUCUUGUUCCAGAAAUGAAGUAAAUAGAUGCAUCCAUAUUGGUUUAUUAUGUGUUCAGGAAAAUCCAUCUGACAGACCAUCAAUGGCCACCAUUGCACUUAUGCUGAACAGUUAUUCGGUUACCAUGUCAAUUCCACAACAACCAGCAUCUUUUCUGCGAGGAAGAAGUCCUAACAGCCUAAACUGGGGGCUUGACUCUGAUCAGUCUACCACCGCUCAGUUGACCUCCAGUUCAAUUCCAUGGUCUGUGAAUGAGGUAUCCAUCACUGAAGUAUGCCCUCGCUAA